AUGAUAGAUCCUAAAGAAGUUGAAGAACCACUAGAAGACUGUGUUAUUUGCGCAGCUCCGCUUGAAGUAAAAUAUGGAAUUUCAAAUCCAGCUGGAUGUUCUCACAAAUUCCACAAAAACUGCUUGAAAGUCUGGCAUAGAGUAAGUUUUCUACUAUCAAAAUCUGCUGAUAGAGGUUAUUUUCAAAAAAAUAUAUAUUUCAGCACAAAAAUACAUGCCCAGUUUGUCGAGUUCCAUUCAAUGUGAUUCAAACAAAUGGUGUUGCUAACAAAUUGCUCGGCAAUUUCUAUACUGCAUCUGACGCAUGCGGUACUUGUUGGGUAUCAUCAUGUCGUGAUCCUAAACAUUUUAUCAGCUGUGACACUUGUUUUUCUGGAUUUCAUAUGAGCUGCCUCACACCGAAACUCAACGUUGUUCCUGAUGGUAAAUGGCAUUGUUCGCUGUGCAAAGACAUGAGAAGAGUACGGGUGAGUUUUCUUUGGAAAUCUAGAAUUUCCUGGGGUUUAUCGUAGUCAAACUUUAUUCCAAAAUAAAAUUUUUAGAACCGCCGCGCUGAAACAAACAGAUUCACAUUUCCAUACGGUGCUGGACCAAGUAAUGAUCUGUCUCGGGUUCCAUUAGACUCAUUGAUGAGAUUGAGAAAUCCAAGUGCAGUUCUCUAUAGUGCCUCGACAACUUUGAAUCGAGCAGACAUCGAGUAUGAAAUCGAAUGGAGAAGAGUCGAAUACGAAAUGUUGCGCAUCAAUGGGACUGUUGGUGAUUCAGUGAGUAGAAACAAUUCUAGAGAGGAAAGUCAGACGCCGAUUGUUUCGGAAGGUCCAAGAAACAACCGACAACCCGCCUAUCCUUUGGCUUGCUUGGUUCGUUUUCUUUGAAAAAAAUCUGAUCUUUCGAAGGAAACAACAAAAAUUGUGAUUGUAUAAAUUGUUUACAGAACUCUCUUCGCAGUAGACGCAACGGCGAGAAUCCGACAUGA